AUGGCGCCUUCGAACGCGGAGAAAAAGGGUGGUCUGACACUGGAAAAGCUGGCAUCGUACGACGAUAUCAUCACGGAUGCGCUGGUUGACAAGGUGUACUACUGGACCAUCAUUCGCAAGAACCGUGGUGGACGCUCCACGGCAUCUCGAGGCCUGCACGAGGAAGACAUUGCCGACAUCAUCCGCGAAUAUGCAAUAUGGGAGAAAGAGCCUGCCGAGGCGGUUCAGAAGCUACUGCAAUUGCCGGGGCUGCGCAAAUUCAUGGCUAGCCUAAAGGAGGAGAGAGACCAAGAGCAAUUCAAGCGGCACCUUCGGAGAUACGUCAACAUAUACAUGCCAGACUGUCCAUUUGAGGUCACGACGACGAACCGCUAUACGAUUACGGACCACGAAGCAUCCAUCACUGCGCGGCGCGACAUCAACCCGCGCGAGGAGAUCAAGUAUCUGACUGGAGUUCAGGUGGCUAUGACUGAGGAGCAGGAAAAGACACUGGAACUCGCACGCAAAGAUUUCAGUCUUGUCAUUUCGAGCAGGAAGAAGACGCGCUCGCUAUUUCUCGGGCCUGCGCGCUUCGCCAACCACGACUGUGAUGCGAAUGCAAAGCUUUCAACAAAAGGCUACGAUGGAAUGCAGAUCGUUGCAGUAAAGCCUAUCAAUGAAGGAGACGAGAUCACGGUAUCCUACGGUGACGAUUAUUUCGGCGAUGAUAAUGAAGAGUGUCUCUGUCACACAUGCGAAGAUAGACAGCAGAAUGGUUGGGCGCCCAUGAAGCGAGUAGAAGAUACCGACGACGACGAUGAGGAGGAAGAGGACGACUCCGACACGAUUCACAUUAUAACAGAACAAAGUAAUUCCAAGGACGCACGAUCAUCGAGAAAGCGACAACGAGACGUCUCGGCAGAAGAAGAUGCCUCGCGCGUCGCGACGCCUUCUUCCAAGCGGGUCAAAAUUGAGCAAAAGACCUCCCCAAUUAGACGACGUAUUUCGAACCUUUUGCACAAAGCGACUCUGAAGAAGGCGCAUAGCACAUCCUCCCUUCGACAAGAAGUCCCAGUAUCUAGCAUUGAGGAUCCAUCCACCAAUAUCGCCACAUCAGAGCAGCUAUCUCGCGAGCUCCGCAAUCAGCAGCGGGAUGGCCAUCUCAUAGUGAACCUGAACGAAACCAGCUCAUCACGGGAGACUACUCCCCAGUCGCCGCUGACGGCAGCGUCACCAAAGUCCUCACAAUCUACAGAUGCCACAUCUAUCGAUGAAGAUUAUUGCAUACCCAACGUUGCGAAGAUCAAGGUCGAUCCCGAAACUCUUCACAAUAAAAAGCCUACUUUAGGAGUGGCCACAGUGAAGGAAGAAGUGACGACGACUACGGUAAACGCCCCGUGGCCCUCCCCACCAGCCGAAGACGACUACAUGUCCGAACUCAGCGAACUUUCUGAGAGCUACGAAUUUGACAGUGAGAACGAACAGAUCGUCAAGCGCAAGCCCCGCCCAACACUCCGUACAACACGUUCAAAAUCAAAGUUUGAAAUACACAAUCGCAUCGGUACGCCCCUCCCUACCGACGUUGAAGACGCAGAAUAUGUCGCGAACAAGCGGAAGCCAGGUGACUAUAUGACGAGCACCUCGCUCCUGAGCGCAAAAUACAGCAAGUGGGUCGAAUGCCAGACAUGUGAAGUCGAAUUUGUGCAACAGGACGGCUACAACACACGCAAAGAUUGUCCGCGAUGCGAACGGCACUCGAAGCUGUACGGCUUCCCGUGGCCCAAGACCGAAAGAGAGGGCAAACACGAUAAAGAAAAGCGCAUCCUCGAUCACCGAACAGUCCAUCGCUUCGUAGACCCGGAUGAGGAGCGCCAAUUGAAGCGCGAUAAGACGAAGAAGGUUAUGAAACAACAUAUCCGGGAACGCUUCUCGACGCCUCGCAGCGUCAGGGAUAGCAUGAGUGCGAGUGUCGAGGUCGAUAGUGGACGGCGCACCCGCAGGACUCGAAAGACGAUGUAG